AUGCAACCAAGCCAAAUGAAUGAAAAACAAAUUUCAAAAAUAAGUCUUUUACUUUUAAUUAAUGAAAUAAUUAAUUUGAAUAUAAAAUUAGUAAAAGACAAUAUAUUAGAUAUUGAAAGUAUAGAUAAUGAUGGAAAUAAUUAUUUGAAUGAUAAUUUACAUGACCAAAUAAAACAUACUUCUGAAGAAAAUAACCAAUUUAAUAAUAAUGAGAUCAUAAAAAAUGCACAAAAUUAUAAUAACAAAAAUGAUAAUAGUAGGAAGUAUAAGAACAAUUGGAAAUGGGUAGACGACGACAACAAUUAUAUAAAUGUGUUGUCAAAAAGAUUAAAAGAUAUGGGUAAAAGUAUAGGAUUAAAACUUAUUGAAAGGAUAUUAAUAUAUAAAAAUAACUUAAUUGAUAUUAAAGAUAUUAUAAAAAUUAUAGGGAAAGAUAUGUGGUUUAUUAUUUUUAAUAAAAAUAUUGAUAAAUUACAAACUUAUAAAAAAAAUGUAUAUAUAAUAAUUGAUAACGAUAUAAGCGUUUAUUUAAAACACACUUUGAUUGAUAACAAAACAAAUCAAAAAAAUAAUUUUAUUCAUGCUUUUAUUAUUCUAAUAAUUGGAAUAAUUAAAGGUGUUUUAAUCCGAUUUAAAAUUAAUGCGUAUGUUACUUACAAUUUAAACUACCCUACAUGUUCUUUUCAAAUAACCAUACUUGAUGGGUAA